UAAUCCUUCCCCUUGCGUCGGUCGUAUCCCGGCCCAAAACACGCUUUCUUCCUUCUCCCAACAACGGAAGAAACUUCCUGCGUGGGACGAACAGAGCACGAAUAUCCAUCCAUCCAGCCAGCCAACCGCUCCGCCCUCGUCCGGCAGGCGACGACUCGAUUCCUUCCUUCUUCCUCCUCAUCCUCGUCUCUUUCACCGGCGACUCCGCUCUCCUCCGCCGCCGCCAAGAGAUCGAAUCCGACGCCGAGCGCCCGAUCCCCCAAAUCCACGCACCAACCGCCGGGGCGCGCGGAAGAUUCAGAUUUGGCCCCUCACCGGUAAAGGGAUGGGCGCGUGGAUGUCGCGCGUGUGGUUCCUCAUGUUCCCGGCGCGGGAGUACAAGCUCGUCGUCGUGGGGCUCGACAACGCGGGGAAGACCACCACGCUCUACAAGCUCCACCUCGGCGAGGCCGUCACCGCCGCGCCCACCAUCGGCAGCAACGUCGAGGAGGUCGUCUUCAAGAACCUUCGCUUCGAGGUCUGGGAUCUAGGAGGGCAAGAAAGCCUGCGCACCUCGUGGGCGACAUACUACCGGGGAACGCAUGCCGUCAUCGUGGUGAUCGACAGCACGGACCGCGCGCGGAUCAACAUCAUCAAGGACGAGCUGUUCCGCUUGCUCCAGCACGCGGACCUGGAGGGCGCAGUGGUCCUGGUGUUUGCCAACAAGCAGGACCUCAAGGACGCCAUGGCCCCUGCGGAGAUCACAGACGCGCUGUCCCUCCACAGCAUAAAGAACCAUGACUGGCACAUCCAGGCCUCGUGCGCCAUCACCGGCGAGGGCCUCUACGACGGUCUCGGCUGGAUCGCGCAGAAGGUCGCUGGCAAGGCGACCGCGAGCUGACGUGCGGCGCAGCAUUGGUUGCGGUUCGUGAAUGGAUUUGUUGAUGAAGGUGGCAGGAUGGGUUUGUUUCUUCCUGCCACCACGCCCAAUGCUUAUUUAUGUUUUUUUUUGUUAAGAAAAACGGCUUAAACCUUGUGUCUGUAUUCCAACCAAUCUGAAUAUAUGAAAACUGGAAAAAGGGAGCAAAUUUGCACACCAUCAUCAGA